GCGUUAACCGGAGCCGGAACCACCCGGUGCCGUCCCAGGCGCCAUUUCGCUCUCGGCGUAGGUGUUCCCUAAGCCACGGCGGCUCCCCUCGGCGGCCACCCCUCACCAUACGGCAAGCCGAGCGGCAGCUGGCUCCAUCCCCCCGUGGGGCUGCACCGGGACGAUGCGAGUCGAUUGAAGAUCUGAAGAGGAUAAACCAUGAGCUAAGGCAACAUGUCAUACAACUGCUUGAUAAGAAGCUAGUGGUGGAAAGUCAAGUGGAUAGAGUCACCUGUAAAAACGAUCAUCUGUGUAAACAACUUGCUGUAAUUGGCAAACUAUCGGAGCAGCUGGAAGAAGAAUUGCUGUUGAAUACUGCUGAGAAGGAGCUCGAGGAAGCAAAGAUUCAAAUUCGACACCAGGAGAACAAGAUAAAGAAGCUGGAAUACACAGUGAAAACACUAAAAGCUGUUAUUUUACAAACAGAAGCUGAAAAAAAGCAAGGGAAGUCACCUUCAAGGCUUGAUACCUUUAUUAAGACAUUGGAAGAGGACAGAGACUACUAUAAAUGUGAGACUGAGAAUUUGCUGAAGGUAUUUAGAAACACAUUUUCAAGUCCCAAGCGAACCUCUACUUGUGGCAGCAUGUCAAAAAAUUUUUUAUCCAUCCAGGGAGUGAGUUCUGAUCCGGAAGUUUUGAAAAUAUUGAGAGAACGUGAAGAACUUAAGUCAACGCUGAAAAAAUAUGAGCGCCAUGUGGCAGAAAUUCAGGGUAACUUCAAAGUUUUAACAGCUGAGAGAGACAAAAUUGUCAAUCUUUAUGAACAGGCACAGGAAGAGAUUUCCCAACUUCGUCAGAAAGUUAUCAAAUGCCCCAGGACUCGUAAAAGUACUGUGACAGCUCAAGCUAUGUUAAGGCAUGUGGAGACAGAAAGGGAUACAGCACUGUCAGAUUUCCGAAGGAUGACUACGGAACGUGAUAGCCUCAGGGAGCAGUUAAAGAUUUCCCAAGAGACUGCGUUUAAUGAAAAGGCUCAUUUGGAACAGAGAAUUGAAGAGCUAGAAACUACUAUUCAAAAUUUAGAUAGUGAACGGUUAGAACAGAUGUCCAAAGCGAGGCUAAUGAAAGACACCAUCGAUUCUCUGGAAACUGAGAUGAAAAGAUUGGCAAGAAGAGCACUGGACUCUGAAACUGAGCUGAGCCGACAAGAAGCUGCAUAUGUUUCACUUAGUUUAUUGAAAGAAAAGACAGAACAGAGUCUUUCAGAGACUCAGCAAAGCCUUAUUAAGAAAAAAUAUGAAAUGCAACUUACCCAGGAGAAAAUCAUGCUUUUGGAUGAAAAAAUUGAUAACUUUUCAAGACAAAGUCUCGUACAACAAGAGGAGAUCUAUGCUUUGAAAGAAACAAUUGCACAACUUGAUAAAGAGAAGGCAACUUUGCAAGACUGUGUGGAAGAAGGAAGUGAGAAGAUUGCUGCUUUUGAGGAAAGCCUGGCAAUUAAAGAGAAAAUAAUAUCAGAUUUCAAGAUGCUGGUUUCUGAGUUGGAGCGUUCCACAAAAAAAUCUGCUGAAGCACUCUGUAUCUGUGAGAAAGAUAUCACCACUUUGCAUCAACAGCUACAAGAAACCACUAAAGAACUUGCACAGACUAACAAGAACAAAGAAUCAUUAGCUCAGGAGAAUGACAGGUUACAAGAGCAUCUUUGUAAUAUGAAGCAAGAAAAUCAGAUACUAUAUAAAAAACUAGCAAAAUACCAGAAAGAACUUGAUGAUAUGAAGUUGAAAGCCCAGCAUUCAAACACAGAUAUUGUCAGGCUGAAGGAUGCACUGAAGUCUAAAGAGAGAGAGAACUGCGAGCUUUUGGAGAAUUACCACAAAGCCUGUGAACAAGGAGAAAGUUGGGAAGCAAAAUGCCAUGAAACAGAAGGAGAUUGUAGCUCUGUUAGACUGGCACUGAUCAGUGUGGAGUCUGAGAACCGCAAGUUGAAAGAGAAAAUGGAGUCCCUUGAAACAGAGAUGGAGCAACUGCAGAGCAAGUGUGAGUCAUCCAGUGCUGAAAUAGAGCUGCUGAGAAAACAACUGGGAAAUGAAAGAGCAUCUAUGAAAAACCUGGAAUCUUUGCUUGCAUUGAAUCGUGAGAAAGGAUUUCAGUCAGAGAUAGCAAAGCAAGAACAAAACUCUGAAAUUCAGUUUCUUAAGGAACAGCUUUCUUUAACAGAAAGUAAACUUGCUGUGCAGAGUCGAGAUUUUACUCAGCUCAGAAAUAGAGCAGCUCAGCUAGAGUCGGAACUGGAUAUCACCAAAAGACAGCUGGGGACUGAGCGCUUUGAAAGGGAAUGUGCUGUACAGGAGCUUCGACGCCAGAAUUGUGCAAUCUCCUAUCAGUUAAGCUCUACGUUAAGAACAUCAUCACCUGAACAUUCCCAUCAUCAAUCUCCUGCUUGGUCUCUAGACUGGUCCCUGGAAGGGAAUUCUUGUUUAAGGACUUAUAAUGUUAUAUUCACAAUGGCUUGUGAAGACUCUGCACACCAUCUGGAAAGUUAAAGUUUAAUGCUUAUUUAAUUAUCAUUUUUCCCUGCUGAAUGCUAAAUUUCAUUAAAUCUAUUUCACAAAUGCUUGCACAGGUUUUUCAUCACUCUUAAUGUUGUUCAGUGGGAAGAAAUCAGUCUAGAUAGCUUCCUCUCCCAUUCCUCUCCCAGCUCUUGUGUUAUUGUGUGAGAUGGCCCAUCUCAGUAAACAGAAAAAAACCUACAUGUUCCAUCAACUUUACUGAUAGUGUGCUUUUAUUUUAAAAGUGUGCAUACUUUUAAAGGAUUAUCAAUAUAACUGAAAAAAGGGAAAAAAAUCAUAAUAUGAAACUUUAUUGGGGGGAAAAAUGUGUCUAUAUUCAGGUGUUACGAAUUCAGGUGUUAUUUGGAUGUAUUUUUGCUGAACUGAGUAUUACGGUACAGAGAAUGCUGUGCCAUCUCAAGAUAGGAAGAGUUUGGGUUUUUUCCUCCCUUCAAACCUGACUGACUUAUAAAUUUGGAUAAAUAAGAUACUAAUGCCAGCAGAUACCAGUGUUUUGAUAUCCAUCUGUGAAGAUAUGUAUUUUUUGUAUGUUGCCAUGCAUACUGGAGGUGUGUUCAACUUCUAAGAAUUUUAUUAAAACUGCAUGAAGUUUCUACUUAGAGUUCUUUAAUGAGUGAGUACCAUUUGGUGAUAGUUAUUGGCACUUAAAGUUGCUCUGAAUUUCUGCACUUUAUGUCAUAACAUUUGUCUGUGUUCUAUAUUCUCACGCUUUAAAUGCAAGAGAAAAUGUAAAAUUCCUUAUAAAUCCUCUGAGAAAUCUAUACUUCUGUAUUUGGAA